GUGAGUGCUUACAGUUCAAAGGUUGAUGCUUUCGCGGUAGUGGUGCGUAACGUUUCGGAGGCUACUGGUCUAAACAAAUCUUAAUGUUAGGAAAGACACAUGAAUUCGCACUUGUAGCUCUUCGAUCAAGACACAAUUCUAAGGAAUAGUUACUGUAGAUUAUCGACGUGUGUAUUUAGGUAAUUUUCAAAAUGGUGAGUGACAAAGAUAAGCGGCGUUCAUCAUCAUCAUCAAACAGAAAAUCAAAAUCAGACGAACCACCGAGCCACCCAAGGAUAUGUUCUAUUGUGAGAGGACCGGCGGGCUACGGCUUUAAUCUCCACGGUGAAAAGGGUCAACAUGGCCAAUACAUCAGAGCUGUAGAUCAAGAUUCUCCAGCAGAACGUUCUGGCUUAAGAACUGGUGACCGUGUUAUUGAAGUGAACAAUAUAAAUAUUGAAAGGGAAACUCAUUCACAGGUGGUAGCGAGGAUCAGAGAAGGAGGAAAUUCUACUGUUCUAUUGGUUCUUGAUAAAGAGCUUGACACAUGGUACAAGAAACGAGGAGUUACGGUAAAACGGGACAUGAUCCCGGGAUACAAGGAACCAGAAACAAUACAACAGAAUGGUAAAGAAGAGUCACCGGAGGUAAAUGGUGUUAGUCAGUCUAGUGAAGAAAUUGAGGUGCCUGUAGCUGCAGCAGCAGCAAUUGCCAUCACAGAGGAUAAUGUCAACAAUAAAGAAGAGGUAGAGGAGACACCAGCACCUGUAGAGGAGGCUGAACCAGAGGUUACUCCAGAACCAACCUCUCCUGAAGAGGAAGAGCCAUCAAGAGAAUCUAGUGAGGUAGAAUAUAGUCCUCCAACACCACCACAAGAACCAGAACCAGUCCAUGAUGAACCAGAACCAGUAAUGGAAGCAGUUGCGCCUGCACAGGAAGAAGAACCAGUACAUGAAGAAGAAGAUGUUCCAUCAUUCGUCGCACCUGCAGAACCAGCAAAACCGAAGGAUACAAGUGGCCUAGACCUAUCAGACAUGUCAAAAGCACGCAGUCUAGCGAUGGGACAGAGCAAAAAGAAGAAUGCUCAGGCCAACGAUUGGAAAUCCAAGUACCAGGCGUUCAACCAACUAUAGGUAUCAGCAUUACAAUCAGAAGAUACAAAAUACAAUAAGAAUGUAUCCGAUCCAGUCAUUAGGAACGCUUUAAUAUAAGCUUGUGUUUCAGUUAUAUUGUACAUUGUGUACAUGUUACUAAAUCUUUAUAAAGUAACAUACCAUUAACCAGUUACAAGUCCAUAUAUUUUAGAUUGAGUGUCCAAUAAAAGUGAUUAAAUCAUGGUUUGUUGAAUAUGAGUUACAGAAAUGUUUAUCAAAAUUACAUCUGAAGAAUGAUAUAAAUUGUAAAUGGAAAUGAAUUUAUUAUUAUAAUAAUAUAUAGGAAACCAAAAAAAAAACUGGUAAUGCAUGGGUUUGAGGAAAAUAUAAAAAUGUUUCACAAAAAAAACCCAAAAUUGUACAAAUAAUUAUGUUAAAUAUCUAAAAAAUCUACUUAAGUAGUUGGGAGUGAAAUUUUACAUUUUUAUAAAAGCUGAUUUGGGUCAACAUUCUCUUUUUUCCCAAGCAUUUAUAUUUUGAAUUUAAACUUGUCCAUAAAAGUUGGUGGGUUUAGAUAGGUUCAUAUAAACGUAAUUAAAAAAUUCCAAAGGUUUUAAAUUUCAUUUCUCGUAUAAUAUUUCAUCUUCCCUUCUCACAUAAAGAAAAUUAAAGUAGUAGUAUAACUCCAUAUCUCUGAAUAUUUUAAAAUCUUCUUUACUUCCAUAUUUACCAUAGUAGAAUUUGAAAAACCGAGAAAUAUAUUCUGCCAAAUAAAUGAAAAUCGCAAAUGAUGUAUCUCUUAAACUAGGAAAUAUCUUUUUAUUGGCGGCUGCUGCUUUAGCUUCGCAAGUAGUCUUGUAGAUUCUUCCAAAUAUUGACAAACGUAAUAAAUGGUUUCCAGGAUUACACAUGACAAAGAGCUACCAUUCUAAUACUUGGUUCUGGACUCAAGAAAUUAAAUCAGUUUCUUUCCUAAUUUUCUAUACGAAAAAGAAGGCAUUUUUAGACAUUGCCUUUCAUAGAUAUUUUAAACUUUUGAUCUGAAUACAAAAUAAAGAUUUCAUAUUAUAUUUAAUUGCAUUUUCCAGGUAUUUCGACAUAAAUUUUGAGUUACAAGAGUUGAUUUAUUUUAUACAGUAUUCUAUUUCAAUAAAUUCUGCUUAAUUAUCUUUAUAAACUAUCCAUAAAAAUAUCAUUUCUGUUAAUUCCUCCUGGAACUACCACUCUGGUAUUUUAAUAUUGGAAAAAAAAAGUUAGUUUGUUAUUCUAUUCAAGUUCUAUUUAGUAGAUUGGACAGCAGACAUGCAUUAAUUUCUAUUUUUGUAACUUUAUAAUAAUAAGUUGCACUGUGAAUAUAAAGAAUUUAGGGAAAUUCAUGUUUAUAAUUUAUUUUUUCAAAUAAUUUGAAGAGUCAUAAUGUGAUUGGUGGUUUUAUUUUUCCCAUGUCUGAGUUUUCAUUGCUAGCCAUUAACUGUUUUAAUUUGAUGCAGUACCAAAGCCUAUGUUUUGUGUUGUAUACCAUACAUUAUUUACAACAAUUGUCUUUCAGUUUAGAUUUCCAAAUUACUGGAAUUCAGAUUGCUAAAUGCUUUUCUAACAAUGGGAUUAUAUAAUUAGACAUUUAAUCAAAUGAAAUGUUUGUUGUUAAUCUUCACAAAUUCUACUCAAACUUUUGGUGAUAGAUCAGCAUAUACUAUUCAAAUGAAAAAAUAUCUUUAUUUUUAAAUUCCUUUUAAUUGGUUAGUUACAUUUACUAUUUCCAUUAUCAAUUGGGGAAAUUUAAUUGGAUUGCAUCUUUUGACAUAUUGAACAUGUGUAGAGGGCGGUUUAGCAUGUUACGAGUUUGAUACAAAUGUUACAGACUUGAAUAAUUCUACUUGCAGGGGAUAAUGUUUAAUUACAGUAAUCUUUGAAUCAAUUAUUUUAUUUUUUAUUUUAAAUGGGUAUAAAAACAGCAUUAUAGUUAAUAAUAUUAAUAUACCUGUAAGGAACUUAUCUUGAAAAAUAGAUGUCACAUGUUAAUGUUAUCUUUAUGAAAAGGAAAAUAAUGUAUUUAGUAUGUUUGGACGAAAAUCAAUAUGGGAAAAAUAUUUGAUUGACUAAAAGAUCUUAGUGGAUUUCAUUAGGCUUCUUUAUUUGGCAGUUGACAUCAAAAGUUUAUAUAUCUGUGGUGAAAUAUGUAUUCAUUGUAAAAAACUUUAGGAUAAUAAUUAAAAAAAAAUUCACUAAUUCUAAGUACAGUAAUAAAAGCACACAUGCUUUGGAUUCUUGGAUAAAAUGGUGGUUUACUAUAAAUGGGAAAAUAAAUUGAAGUGGUAUAUGAAAUGAUAAAUAUAUUUAUAUAAUAUUUUAAUUUAGUUAUGAUUUUCUUUAGCUUGAGUAAAGCCAGAGGUGAAUUUGAGAUUUUGCUGUUGAUAUUGGUGGCUUGUAUAUGUAUUGUAUAUUAAACUUAAAGUUUUUAAUCAUUUUUUAUGUAAUGAAAAUAAAUAAAUAAACUGUAAUCAAAUCAGAAGGAUUAUGAAGAUAAGGCAAUGGAAAAUCUUUGAUUUAGAUUGCGUUUAGAUUUAUGCCAAAUAUGUAUGUAAUGCAAAGAGCAUGCAAGUGUCUAAAACAAAUAUUCAAAUUUUUUUCCUCAAGCAUAUUCUUUGGUUUUUUAGUCGUAAGUUUAUUACUGUAGUGUUGUGUGUGUGUAGAUUUAGAUUCAGCUACAGGCCACAAGCACACAAUUCGCACAAUCCUUUCAAUUAGAUAAUGGAGGUAUCCAUGAUUAGAUGAAGAACCUUGUACAUCAAUGAAAUAGUCCCACAUAGAUGGACAUCCAACCUUCUACUUAACAGAGAUUUCUGUUUGAACAGACUUUUCCGCUGGACUGUCAAUCAAACUGACCAAUCAGAAUAGUGCCUGGAAUAUGUGUGCGUCAUCGUUGUCCCACAAACGCACGUUUUUACGUACAUUUACGCUAAAUGUUUUGCGGGGACUAUACAGUAUCAAAGCAGCAGGGCUAAUGGAAAGGUCCAGUGUGAUGAAGUGAAUAUAGCAGUGUAAAAACAUCGUUGAUAAUUCUUUUCCUCACUCUCUGGCCGAGAAAGACCUGACACAGUCCUUUUGUGGAGAUAGCCAGAAACCUCCCUAUAAAGAUUAUUUAUGUAGACUUACUAUAGUUGACAGUAUAUCCUUUUCAUUUAUGAUGACACAAUAAAUUAUGCAAAGUUUUGUCCAUAGCAAAGUAUAAUAUAAUUUUGUGAAUUUUGAAAUCAUAGUAAAGAUAUUCGUAAAAUAUUUUGUUUGAUGCUGAUCAUCUCCUUUCUCAAUAUAUAUGACCAAAAGGAGCAAUUUUAUUCAAUUUUUUUUUUAUAGAAAAUCAUGACCAAAGUUAUAAUUAUUUCCAGAGAUAUAGAGCCGACGUUUUGAUAGUAUUAAUAAUAAAGAGAGAUUGAAUUAAUCCUCUUAAGUUGCUGUAAAUAAAAUGUCCACAAAGCUGUAAAAUGUAUAAAAGCCCUUAACAUGCUGGAAAUUAUUGUUUUUAGAAUUGAUUCAAGCCAAAAUCAUAUAAUAAUCAUUUGUACUUUUGAUUGCACAAUUUAGUUUUUGGUUUUGUUAUUAUCAUUAUAUUGUACCAAGGUUGUACUUAUAAGUGAAAGGGAAUGAUUGUGCUUCUUUCAGUGAUUUAAAUGAAUACAUAAUAUAGAUAAACAAAGAGCUCACACUAAGUAUAAAAUAUACAGCACUAAUGCAUUCCGUAAUUAGGACAAUACCUGAUUGUUCGAGAUGUAAUUCGACUCGUGGAUAUAAAGCAUUACUGUUUACAGAUGCAAGCUAUAUCAUGUAGACUGUGUUUUAAGAAUUCUUACUAGCUUUUAAGCGAUCUACUAUUACCCCAUGGUAUCACCGCCAUUUUCAUUGGUAUAAUAAAUAAAUGAGGAAUAAGUUUUGAAUCAAUAAA